UGCGCAGCAGCUGUGCUCUUUGUUAUUCAGUAUGGCGCUGAGUAAAACAUUUGGGCAGAAACCUGUCAAAUUCCAGCUGGAGGAGGAUGGAGACUUCUACAUGAUCGGCUCGGAGGUGGGGAACUACCUCCGUAUGUUCAGAGGCUCGCUGUAUAAGAGAUAUCCGUCGUUAUGGAGGAAACUGGCAUCAGUAGACGAGAGGAAGAAGAUCGUGGAGUCAUCACACGAUCACGGUUACACUCAGCUCGCCACCAGCGUGACUCUGCUGAAAGCCGCCGAGGUCGAGGAGAUCCUGGAAGGAAACGAUGAGAAGUACAAAGCUGUGUCCAUCAGCACCGAGCCCCCCGCCUACCUCAGGGAACAGAAGGCGAAGAGGAACAGUCAGUGGGUUCCUACGCUCCCCAACAGCUCUCACCACCUGGACGCUGUGCCCUGCUCCACCACCAUCAACCGCAGCCGACUGGGACGAGACAAGAAGAGGACUUUCCCUCUGUGCUUUGACGACCACGACCCCGCAGUGAUCCACGAGAACGCCACUCAGUCCGAAGUCCUGGUUCCCAUCCGCCUGGACAUGGAGAUCGAGGGACAGAAACUCAGAGACGCUUUCACCUGGAACAUGAACGAGAAGCUGAUGACGCCCGAGAUGUUCGCUGAGAUCUUGUGUGACGAUCUGGAUCUGAACCCGCUGGCCUUCGUCCCCGCCAUCGCCUCGGCCAUCAGACAGCAGAUCGAGUCUUAUCCGACAGACAGCAUCCUGGAGGAGCAGACGGACCAGAGGGUCAUCAUCAAGUUGAACAUCCACGUGGGGAACAUCUCUCUGGUGGACCAGUUCGAGUGGGACAUGUCCGAGAGGGAAAACUCUCCGGAGAAGUUCGCCCUGAAGCUUUGCUCCGAGCUCGGCCUCGGAGGAGAGUUCGUCACCACCAUCGCAUACAGCAUCCGAGGUCAGCUGAGCUGGCACCAGAGGACGUACGCCUUCAGUGAGAACCCGCUGCCCACGGUGGAGAUAGCCAUUAGAAACACAGGCGACGCUGACCAGUGGUGCCCCCUGCUGGAGACGCUGACAGACGCAGAGAUGGAGAAGAAGAUCAGAGACCAGGACAGAAACACCAGGCGAAUGAGGCGACUGGCGAACACGGCUCCUGCGUGGUAACCGACGGCAGCAUCGGCGCCCCCUGCAGGACCGGCGCUGCUCCUGCACGGUAACCGACGGCAGCAUCGGCGCCCCCUGCAGGACCAGCGCUGCUCCUGCACGGUAACCGACGGCAGCAUCGGCGCCCCCUGCAGGACCAGCGCUGCUCCUGCACGGUAACCGACGGCAGCAUCGGCGCCCCCUGCAGGACCAGCGCUGCUCUCACACAGAGGCUCCUCCAUCCUGACGUCCGCUCCGCUCCUCAAUCAGCCACUCAGCGUGUCCUCCUUUUUGUUUUUUUAUUAUUAAUAAUAUUUGGUUCUUGUUUGGAAACCCCCCCCCUCCUCUUCCUCCUCGUACCCCUCCUCCUCCUCCUCUUCUUCCUCCCUGAUUAGAAAACGUCCCUCCCUCCCUCCGUGGUGUUCCCCUCGUGGAGAAGCUGCUCUCUCACUUUGACCACUGACUCUUAUUUACCAGAGGGGAGAAUUAAAAAAAAAAAAAGAAAUCACACAAACCAG